CCUGCGCGGUGGCGGCGGCGGAGGCAGCGCCUGCUGCCCGUUUCCUGCUGGCCUGGCGGCGGCUGGUGCCGCUGCUGCAGCAUCGGGCGGGCGGGAGGAUGCGGCGUAGGUCUCGGCUGCUGCUCUGCUUCGCCUUCCUGUGGGUGCUGGGGAUCGCCUACUACAUGUACUCGGGGGGCAGCGCCACGCUCGCCGGCGGCGGCAGGAAGGAAGACCUAAAUAACAUUGCAUCAAAAAACAAAGAUCAGCGCAGUAUCAAUGGGGAUGAAAAAUCACAAGGCCUGGAGACUCUUCCACCAGGAAAAGUUAGGUGGCAAGACUUCGACCAGGAAACUUAUAUUGGGGUUACUAUGGUCAGAGCUGGACAAGACCCAUAUGCUCGUAAUAAGUUUAAUCAAGUGGAGAGUGAUAAAUUGCAAAUGGACAGAAAUGUUCCAGAUACUAGACAUGAUCAGUGUCAAAGAAAACAGUGGCGGAUAGAUUUGCCAGCUACUAGUGUGGUAAUCACUUUUCACAAUGAGGCAAGAUCAGCUUUGCUUCGAACAGUUGUCAGUGUUCUCAAAAAAAGUCCACCACAUCUUAUCAAGGAGAUCAUACUGGUAGAUGACUACAGCAAUGAGCCUGAAGAUGGUGCCCUUCUGGGCAAAAUUGAGAAAGUGCGGGUCCUACGAAAUGACCGUCGGGAAGGCUUGAUGCGCUCCCGUGUUCGAGGGGCAGAUGCAGCACAGGCUAAAGUAUUGACAUUCCUGGAUAGUCACUGUGAAUGCAAUGAGCACUGGCUGGAACCUCUUCUGGAGAGAGUAGCUGAGGACAAGACCAGAGUUGUGUCUCCUAUAAUUGACGUGAUUAAUAUGGACAACUUCCAGUAUGUGGGGGCAUCAGCUGAUUUAAAAGGCGGCUUUGAUUGGAAUUUGGUAUUCAAAUGGGAUUACAUGACACCAGAACAAAGAAGAGCGCGACAAGGAAACCCAGUUGCUCCCAUAAAAACACCAAUGAUAGCUGGUGGACUCUUUGUGAUGGACAAACUUUAUUUUGAAGAGCUAGGAAAGUAUGAUAUGAUGAUGGAUGUAUGGGGUGGAGAAAAUCUAGAGAUUUCAUUCCGUGUGUGGCAGUGUGGUGGGAGCCUUGAAAUAAUCCCAUGCAGCAGGGUUGGCCACGUGUUCCGCAAGCAACAUCCUUAUACCUUCCCAGGAGGAAGUGGUACUGUUUUUGCAAGAAAUACACGUAGGGCAGCAGAAGUCUGGAUGGAUGAAUACAAAAAUUUCUAUUACGCAGCAGUGCCUUCAGCCAGAAAUGUACCUUAUGGCAAUAUUCAAAGCCGAAUGGAGCUAAGAAAAAGACUUAACUGCAAACCAUUCAAGUGGUAUCUUGAAAAUGUGUACCCGGAAUUAAGGGUACCUGAUCACCAAGAUAUUGCUUUUGGGGCCUUGCAACAAGGAACCAAUUGCCUUGACACUUUAGGCCAUUUUGCAGAUGGCGUGGUUGGUGUUUAUGAAUGUCAUAAUGCUGGGGGGAACCAGGAAUGGGCCUUAACAAAGGACAAGUCAGUGAAGCAUAUGGAUCUGUGCCUUACUGUUGUGGAUCGAGCUCCUGGCUCACUCAUAAAGCUUCAAGGCUGCAGGGAAAAUGACAGUAGACAGAAAUGGGAACAAAUCGAAAGCAAUGCCAAGCUGAGGCAUGUGGGCAGUAACCUGUGUUUAGACAGCCGAAAUGCCAAAAAUGGUGGUCUGACUGUUGAAGUCUGCAGUCCUUCACUAUCACAGCAGUGGAAGUUCACGCUUAAUCUACAGCAGUAGCGGGGCUUGCCCACAAGUACUGUCCUACUUCCUAAACCUUGGGUAACAUUUUGCUGAUUGCGUUGCUGAUACUUUAUAUACCUCAGUAUUCCAUCUUUUGAAAGCAGUGGAAGCGACUAAAGUGAACAAAAGGGAAGCAAGUGAACUGGGGACCUUGGCAUUUGUUUGAUCGAAUAUAGCUGCAGCACGACACGCUCCCUUCAACCAUAAAGGCUUACCAGUUCCUUUCCAGCUUCAAGCUAGAACUUACACAGCAGAUGAUUAACAUCCCUAGAAACAGAUGUACAGUAUAAAACUGCUUUCAACAUACAGAGGGAGGGAAGGGAGGGAAUAGCUGGGGGGGGGGAGUAAAUUGCUUGGAGAGGAUCAUUGGUAAUCUCCAUAUACAUAAAAAUCAGUGUUUGUGGUUUCCAGAAAUCAAAGCAUCAUUUUUGAAAGUUUUGCCAUGUGUCCUUGGUAUAUUUGACCAUGAACUUUUCUAUGACAAGACUCUAAAUCUAAACUUGUAUGUAUAUACACACACAAAUAUAUUGUAAAAACACACAACUUUCUAUCAGUUUUCAUCAUCCUGUAAUUUAUCAACAAAGCAAAUAACUUUACUGAUAAGUGGACUGGACUGUUACUGCAGAACAAAGCUUUGUGAAGGUGCAGGUUUAUGCUGCUGAGUCAUGUUCAUGCAAACACUGGAUGCUUCUGCUUUGCAAAGUGUGCCUACUUCUUUGCACUUCCUCCUCCUCACAGACUGUGGACCUCUGUAGAGGAGAGCGGCAAAAUGGCAGCAAGCGGCUUGCACGCUUCCAUCUCCACCAGCAUUCUCACCUCCAGUUCUGGAAUUCAUGCCCUGUUCUGUAGAUACCUGUAAACUUCUAAUUUGUGUCUAGGGUAUUUUAUCUUUAAAAUACUACUUUAAAAAAUAAUGCAGCUACGAGGAUUAGAUUGUGUCUUUAGGUUGUGUUCUUAUCAGUAUGGUUUUCUUUCUUCUUUUAAAAAGUUGUCAGAAUGAUGGAACUCACAUAUAGCACAAGACCACUGUAGCCUUCGCAUGGAAGCAUGAAUAGCUGCUAAAUAUCAGCACUGCAGCUGUUAUGCUUCUUGCUGUCAUGAUUUGGGGGCUUCACCUUAGGCCUGUCUUUUAAACUAGUCUUUCAAACUAGGCUUUAGAAAAUAAUCUGAGAGGAUGAAAUUCAUUGGAAGCUGUAAUUUCAGUCUAAUUGAUAUUUUUAUGUCAAGAGAUGGGACUUGAUGGCAUCUUUAUUUUUUCAGGACUGCAUAGACUUUUUAAAUAUAAAAUAAGGUGUCUGUAAGAUACCUUUAAAAGCAAGCAGCAUUUAUAAGAUGCCCUCUAGAGGCUAUAAAGGAUAUAGAUCAAACUAUUACAAAAUCAUGUCUUGAUGGUGGUCUUUUGUUGCAUAGAUGAGAGUUUUUUAUGAACUGCAUUUUCCCUUAUAGCUGCAGCAUUUGCCACAAAAUGGGGGUAUCUUUCCAUGUAUACAGGCUUCAUCAGUACACUGAAAUCAAAUAGUCCAAUGAACAUCUGGAUUUAUAUGGGACACUUGUGAUCUCUUCAGGAACUGUUUUGAAAUGAUAUAUGAAUAUUACAGGGUUUGAGCCUCUUCUAUCCUGAAUUUUUUUCCUCCUUAGUAAAAAUUCUCAUAGGUAUCCUAUUUAAAUAUAUCCUUGACAGCAAAACAAGAGACAUCUUAAUGUAGCUGAAGUGAUGCUGGGGAGGAGCAGAAAGGUUGGAUGGGGGGGGGGGGGAAGGUUCAAUUGCUGGAGGUGUUCACUUGUGAGCGCUCAUCUGCAUCUGAAGGAUUGAGAGAAGGAACUCAUUGGAGGUAAUAAAGUUCCUUAAUAUUUUGGACUGAUGUCUUGAAAUCAAGAACCCAGUUGAUAAUAAUCCAGAGCUUCUGCAGAGGGUAUUAAUAAAUCCUAAGAGUUUAACAAAAUCUAUUACAAGUUAAAAGCUAGUUGGCAAACUAGCUGAUACUUGCUAAAUUAAGUAUUAGAAGAACCUCAGCUGUUUGCUAGUAAUAUUUCUCUUUAAAAGUUUUUAUCAUUUUUGCAUUGUAAAAUGGGAAUAUAUUUCUCAAAAAUCUGUAAAUGCUACAUGGAAGGUAUCUCUGCUUACAUGCUGCGGGCAAGCUGUGGGUCAUGGUAUUGGAUAAGAACAGAAAUAUUGUAAUGUCUCGUUAACCAUGUUUACAUGACACACUGUGCCAAAGUGAUUUACUGUGACACCAUUCUUUUAAUGGUCAAUGGAUUUUGGGUGUGGUGCUCCAAGUACUGCUGCUGCAAACAUCCUCUGUCAGUGGGCCAGGCAGAGGAGCCCUAUGAAGAAUGAAAUCGGUUGGGGAUAUGCAGUGGUUGUCAGUGGUGGCUUCUGACCCCAAGAAAUAGCCAAAUCCUCCCCCCUACCCAACUUUUUAUAAUAAAUUGCUAGAAACCCUUAAAACAAACUACCAUGUCAUCUCUGUGCUAACCUUUUCUUCACAUCUUCAAAGCAAAAAUGAAGGUGGUACAUGUGAGUUGAUUUUGCAAAUUAUAUAGUUUGUCAUUUCAGUUGGUUUUUAAAAUCUGCUGUACAGAGCUUGUACUUUGUUCAUUUUAUAGAUGGAAACCAUCCUUGAAAAAUGUUUGUUUAACUUAAGAAAAUAAAUACUUUAUAGAUAAGA